AUGAGUGAAUGCCUCCCCCAGGCUUUGCAGUGUAACGGGCACAAGGACUGUCCCAACGGAGCUGACGAGUGGCGCUGUGGUGACAACGUCGGAUGGGCAGAUUUAAUGGGUGAAAAACUUCUAAACAGACUUGUGACCCCUCGCUUCCUAAAUGAGUGUUUCUUACAGCAGUAUCCAGAGAGUUGUGACUGCAUACAAACAGAUGUCGAGUGUGUAGAGGCCAAUCUCCAGGACGUUCCUCUGCUCUCUCCAAACGUUACCUUGCUGUCUCUGAGGAGCAAUAAGAUCCAAGUAUUGUCAGAUUUUGUCUUCUCAAAAUAUUCGUCACUCGAAAGACUAUUUCUACAGAACAAUAGCCUUCAGUUCAUCUCAAAACAUUCCUUCAGUGGCCUGUACAAUUUAAAGAAGUUGUUUCUCAGUGAGAAUUUAAUAGCCUCUCUGGGUCCUGGUGUGUUCAGGGAUCUGAAUCAGUUGGAGUGGCUAAUGUUGGAUCAUAACCCACUAAGCAGUUUGUCCCAGGAUACCUUCGUUGGACUGCAUUCUCUCAUGUAUCUAUCCAUGGUGCACACCUCAUUACAGCAGCUUCCUCAUCCGAGCUUCUGUCAGCACAUGCCCACGUUGGACUGGCUUGAUCUUGAAGGGAACCAGAUUCAAACUCUAAACUACUCUAUCUUGAAGACGUGCAGCAAACUUGAAGUAUUAUUGCUGAUGGACAACCGGAUCAGCAGAGUUCCUGAAAACACCUUCCAGUCUCUGUGGAAACUCGCUGAACUGAAUCUGUCCAGUAACAGACUCAGGGAGCUGCCAAAGGACACGUUUAAGAAUCUUUCCAAGUCCCUCCUGAAACUAAACAUAUCAUACAAUCCAGUUCGCAUUUACCCAAGCCACUUCAACCACCUGACACAUCUUCAGUCUCUGGCUCUGGAAGGUAUUGAGAUCCCAGAUAUUCAGACAAAGAUGUUUCUUCCAAUGAAAAACCUGUCCCACAUGUACGUGUUUAGUCAAUACUUUAAGAAGUUCCAGUACUGCUCGUAUGCACCUCACGUCAGGUCCUGCAAGCCCAACACAGAUGGCAUUUCAUCAUUUGAAGAUCUACUGGCUAACGUAGUGCUGCGGGUGUCUGUCUGGGUCAUGGCAUUUAUAACUUGCUUUGGUAAUCUCUUAGUCAUCGGCAUGAGAUCUUUGAUUCGUGCAGAGAACAACCUGCAUGCCGCCUGCAUCAAAGUCCUCUGCUGUGCAGACUGCCUCAUGGGUGUUUAUCUUUUUUUUGUUGGGGUUUUUGAUCUGAAGUACCGUGGACAGUACAAUAGCAAAGCCCUGCUGUGGAUGGACAGCAUGGAGUGCCGCACCAUUGGAUUUCUGGCCAUGCUCUCCACAGAGGUGUCCGUCCUUCUCCUGACCUACUUGACUCUUGAGAAAUUCCUGGUCAUUGUCUUCCCCUUCAGCAAUCUGCGCCCCGGCAAACUUCAGACAGCGGUGGUCCUGUCUUCUAUCUGGCUGAUGGGAUUCAUUAUUGCUGCUGUGCCUCUUAUGAAUGAAGAGGUCUUCGGGAACUACUAUGGACGUAAUGGGGUGUGCUUUCCACUGCACUCAGACAGGCAAGAAAACCCUACUGCCAGAGGAUAUUCCACAGGGAUUUUUCUAGGUCUAAACUUGGUGGCAUUCCUGGUGAUCGUCUUCUCCUACUCCAGCAUGUUCUAUUCAAUCUAUAAAACCGGCAUAAAUGCAACAGAUUUGAGGAGCAGACUGCACAGAGAUGUGGCGGUGGCCAACAGGUUUUUCUUCAUUGUGUUCUCUGAUGCCCUCUGCUGGAUUCCCAUAUUUUUAGUAAAAAUUCUCUCACUGUUGGAGGUGGAGAUACCAGGUACUAUUUCGAGCUGGGUUGUCAUUUUCAUCCUUCCAAUCAACAGUGCCUUGAACCCCAUCCUGUACACCUUGACCACAAGUUUCUUUAGAGAGCAAGUGGAAGUUUUACUUUGUCGCUGGCAGAGAAGACACACCCUGAAGAAAGACCGGAAAAGCCUCACUUCCUCCACAAUCUUUAUGGAGACGUCGCGGCCCCCUUGCUGCCAGCCACCUGCCUACCUGCAGCAGGUUUCACUGAUCGGGGCAGAUCCUCGUUACGCCUGA